UGUUUAACGAAGAACCUACUAUUGGUACUCAGAUUGCACUAAGAUAAAAAUCAUAUGAGUUCCUAAUGCACAAACUAUACUUCACUUUGUACUUUAUGAAAAUGUCACUUGUUUCUUUUAUACGAAUGCAUUCCUUUUAAAUUAGUCGAUACAUAUGGCUGAGUCUUUCUUAAGAAACACGUUGUUUUUGACCAGCCUGUAGUCAUGGCUACACAUUUGGAGCUUUCGUAAAAACUGCAAUCAUCAUUGUUUUACAAAAAUACUUAAAACAUGUUAUAUUUGAAGAGUGUUUCUUGUAAGUAAAAUUGUAAGUAGUAAUCAUAGCCGCUGUGAAUCUGUCAAAGACACUUCCUGCUCUUCUACCAUCUAGCUUCUAUUUUUUUUCCAAAUAAACAUGGCGUUGAAAUACUUACUUGUCCUCGAGGUUUGUGUGUUUGCUGCCUUUGGCGGACUUUCUGAUCUCUUUCUGGAUAAAGAAUGGGAAGAAUUUAAGCGGAUCUACAGUAAAACCUAUACAAAUCAAGAAGAAAACAGAAGGAAAUCCAUCUGGCUGAAGAAUAUAGACAUCAUCAAUAAACACAAUAUUAAGGCGGACAUGGGUUAUCAUAGCUAUAGACUGGGCAUGAACAAGUUUGGGGACAUGAUGAGUAACGAAGUCACUUCACCCAUGAAUGGAUCUAGAAGAUUCCCUAUGCUCAAUAGCAGCAUGUUUCUUCCCCCAAGCAAUUUAAGACUGCCAAACGCUGUCAACUGGACAAAAGAGGGUUAUGUGACCCCCGUAAAAGAUCAGGGUUUUUGUCUAUCCUGCUGGGCUUUUGCAGCCACUGGGGGAUUAGAAGGGCAACAUUUUCGAAAAACAAAGAAAUUAGUCCGCCUUUCAGAACAGAAUUUGGUCGACUGUAGCAAAGAAAACCUGGGAUGUACAGCUGGAACUCCUGAAAAUGCUUUAAACUAUAUUGCAAGAAAUGGAGGACUUGACAAAGAGGUAUCAUAUCCUUAUGUUGGAAAGAAUGGGAGGUGUAGAUUUCGGCCAACAGAAGUCGGUGCCAACUGUCAGGGAAUUGUCCACGUCCCUGCAGGGGAUGAGUUGAGUCUUCAGAAAGCAGUAGGUAGUAUUGGUCCAAUAGUAGUGAGUUUGGACGCCAGUAAAAGGUCGUUUAAACAAUACAGGAAUGGAGUGUAUGACGACAAGGCAUGUAGUAAAAAGCUGAUCACCCAUUAUGCUUUGAUUGUUGGAUACGGAGAAUUUCAAAAAAAAAAAUACUGGCUCAUAAAGAACAGUUGGGGGACCUCUUGGGGAAUGGACGGCUAUAUGAUGUUAGCUCGAAAUCAAGACAACAUGUGUGGAAUAGCAAACCAAGCUAUAUACCCGUCUGUAUAGGACAUUGACAAUAUCAACAAAUCAACAUUAUAACUCAAUACACAAAUUCAAAAAUGGAAAAUAUUACGACUGUUAACGAGAGAAAUAUGGAGUGUUGUCAUUUGUUUAAAUUGGUUUCUUUCAUUCUUUCAGUUGAUUAAAAUGCUUAAUAAUCGUUUCAAUUCAAACUUGUAUGGUUGUUUUGUAUUCUUUUCCAUACUUUAAUUAUAAUUGAAAUAUAUUAAUAAAGAAUGUA